AUGGAUCAAGCAAAGUUGGCUAGAAUGCAGGCGAGCGUUCGCAUCGGGUAUGUAUAUUCUGUCCAGACUUGUUUUCAUCCCGACCCCUCGAUCCCCUAUGGAGAAAACGAAUUUUCGAACUGCAAUACCCGGAUUCGACACGGCCGAUAUGGCAAGGGUACCCCCCGCCGCAAGGUCAAGAAGGUCGUCCGCAACUCCGGCGCCGAUGACAAGAAGCUCCAGGCCGCUCUCAAGAAGCUGAACGUCCAGCCCAUCCAGGGCAUUGAGGAGGUCAACAUGUUCAAGGAGGACGGCAACGUCAUCCACUUCGCCAACCCCCGUGUUCACGGCGCUGUCCCCUCUAACACCUUCGCUCUGUACGGUAACGGCGAGGAGAAGGAGCUCACCGAGCUCGUCCCCAACAUCCUCAACCAGCUCGGCCCCGACUCCCUCGCUUCCCUGCGCAAGCUCGCUGAGAGCUACCAGAACAUGCAGAAGCAGCAGGGUGAUAAGAAGGACGAUGAGGAGGAUGAUAUCCCCGAACUCGUCGAGGGCGAGAACUUCGAGACCAAGGAAUAA